UACUCAAUUUUUACUUGAUUUUCUUUUCAUGAAUUUAAAUUUGACUUUGAUAAGUUUGUAAUGUCUUCUUCAUUGCUUCAAUAUUUGGAAGAAUUAGGCGACGAAGAAGAUUUGCUUGAUCCUUCAUCGCCAAUUGCCAAAUCUUUGCCAUCUACAAACAACACAAUACCAGGUUCCUUUAGGAAAACAUCAGUCGAUUCGUCUAUUCUCGAACAUUCAUUUUUUAAACUUAACGAAAAAGACGAUGAGAAGAAUAUUUCAAGACAAAGUAUUGUUUCUGAUCUUCGUACACUUGUUGAGGAAAAAUAUGAAAACAACUUACCGUCUGACAACUAUGAUGACUAUGGCGCUACACCUUUAAUGAUAGCAUGUCGUGACGAUAAUGCAGCAGAGGUUGAUAGACUUUUGAAAGCAGGAGCUAACGUUCAUGCUAUAGACAAUGAUGGAAGAACAGCGUUGUUUCAUUCUGUAACAUCUUCUUCCAUAAAUAUUGUGAAAAAGUUGUUAUCUGCAAAUGCUGAUCCUUUUAUUGUUGCAGGAUCAUAUGAAAGAAAUUGCUUACACCAAGCUUGUAAAAGAGUAAAUAAUGCAAUUGACAUUGUUCGAUUACUUCUGAAAGUUAUGGGAGAUGAAACAAAACUUGAACAAGAUAAAGCAGGCUUUAUCCCUUUACAUUUGGCUGUUACUACAGGUAAGCAAGAUGUUUGCAGAGUUUUGCUUUCCAGUCAUUCAAAAGAGCAACUUCGUACAAUCACAAGAGACUAUGGUGAUACUGCACUUCAUUUAGCAGCAAGAAGAAAAGAACUCAACCUUAUAAGAAUAUUAGUACAAGCAGAAACAAUUAUUAAUCAAAUUAAUAUAGAAGGACAAACAGCACUUCACAUUGCUGUAUUAGAAUCAGAUAUAGACUCAGUUGAAUAUUUAAUCAAUGAGAAUGCUUCAGCAAACAUCAAAGAUAAGAGAAAUCGCACUGCAAUACAUAUUGCAACAGAAGUUGGUAGCAUAGAAAUUAUCAAUUUACUCAUUGAGAAAUGUCAUAUUGAUAUAAAUCAGCGUUCUAAGGAUGGAAGCACUUUAGUUCAUUUAGCAGCUAAGUCUGGGCAUGCAGAAGUAGUAAUGUAUUAUAUUCAAAAAGGUGUUGCUGUUAGAACUCCUAACCGUGAAGGAGCAGAAGCUUUACAUGAAGCAUGCAAACAAGGACAUGUGGUAGUAGCAAAAAAACUGAUAGAAAAUGGAGCUAAAAAAGAAAAAUAUACCAAAGACAAUUACACUCCGUUACACAUAGCUGUGAGAUAUGGAAAGUAUGAUGUAGUUCAAGUUCUUAUAGGAGCUGGUGCUGAUGUUAAUGCAGUUGGAGGACCUAAAAAAGAAAGUUCAUUACAUUUUGCUGCAAAACUAACAAGAUAUUCAGAGAAAUUAACAGAUAUUUUAGUGAGAAGUGGAGCUAACACUGAUAUUGCAGAUUCAGAAGGAGAUACAGCUUUGCAUGUUGCUGUUCGUGUAAAAAAUUAUUCAGUAAUAAAGAUAUUGCUUGAAGAAGGUGCGUCUGCUGUAAAAAUUAAUUUAGCUGGGGAGACACCUAUCCAUAUGUCAAUUUUAAGUAUGUAUGUAGCAGGUUUAUUAUUAUUGAUUGAUGAAACAAAGAAAGUUAUGAACAAAGAAGAAUUCCAUUUGUAUUUUAACAGCAAAAACAAGCUAGGGGAAACAGCUCUCCACUACUGUGCUAAAAUUCCACCUAAAAUUGAAAACCAAGCAAUUUACAAUGAUCUAACAAAGUUAUUGUUAGAUAAUCAUGCUGAAGUUAUGGUACAGACACUAGAGACUAAUGAAACUCCAAUACACUAUUGUUGUCAAAAUGGCAAUGCUGAUAUACUAUGUAUGAUUUUUGCAUCCUUGUCCCCAAAAGAGAGAUACAAAGCUGCAAAUUUAACUAACAAUGAUGGAUGGCCUGCCCUUUUUGUAGCCAGCAAAUAUGGUUAUCCAAAUAUUGUUCGUAUACUUCUUGAAAAUGAUGCUCGAGUGGAUAUGUUUGAUGAGAAUGGAAAAGGAGCUUUGCAUGUUGCUUGUGAAACUGGGCAUACUUUAUGUGUGGAACUAAUAAUGGAUAAGAAAUCAUAUGUUGAUGCAAAAACCAAGCUUGGAGCAACUUCUGUUGGGCUUGCUGCUGCUAACGGACAUAGCCAACUUGUUGAGAUGUUAGUAAAAAAAUACCACGCUUCUGUAGAUGUGCUAUCCUUGAUAAAGCGCUCUGCACUUCACAUGGCCUCAGAAAAAGGAUAUUUGCAAUCAUGCAAGGCUUUAAUCCAGUUAGGUGCUGAUCCAAUGUGUGUUGAUACGAAUCAUGCUGCCCCAAUACACCUUGCUUCAGAAAAUAAUUUUCCUGAUAUUGUCAAGAUGUUCUUAGAAAUAAAUCCUGAUCUAGCAAGUUUAAUUAACAAGGAUGGUAAUGGGUGUGCUCAUAUCGCUGCAGCAAAGGGCAGUUAUGAAGUUUUUAAUGCUUUAUUAAAAGUUAAUAGCACAAUUGCAUUUGCUAAAAGUAAGACUACAUUGAGGACACCCCUUCAUUUAGCUGCAGAGGGUGAUCAUGCAGAAAUCAUACAACUACUAAUAAAUCAAGGUGUCUCGCUGAUAGAUGAAGACAAAGAUGGAUUAACUGCUCUUCAUCUUGCAGCAAAAUAUGGUUCCAGAAAUGCGAUUGAGAUGUUUAAAGGAAGAAUGUCUUUCAAUAUAGUUAGUUCUAAGACAGGUAUGACUCCUUUGCAUUUGGCUUCAGAAUUUGACCAAGCUGGUAGUUUAGCUGAUCUUCUAUUGAAAGCAUCAGCAAGUGUUGCUAGUGAGUGUCCUGCUGGAAAAAUACCAGCUGAAACUGAGUAUGGAUUUACUUGUUUACAUUAUGCAGCAAAAAAUGGACAUGAGGCAAUUGUAAGGCAGCUUCUAAAUUCAGAUGACGUUGUAAUUGAUCAUCCAACAUCUAAAAAGGGUUUGUUGCCAAUACAUUUGGCGAUAAUAGAAGGCCAUGCAGGUGUUGUAAGUUUACUAUUAAGUCGCUCAGCUGAUCAAAUUUCAGCUAAAAGUGCAAAUGGAAGAGCAGCACUUCAUUUUGCAGCAGGAAAUAAACAACUAAAGCUUGUGCAGCUUCUUAUUGGACAAGGUGCUAAUAUAGAUGAACAAGAUAAGAAUGGCUGGACACCAUUGCAUUAUGCAGCUGAUUCAGGUUCUACUGAAAUCGUUAUGUAUUUAGUUCAAAUGGGUUCUGAUUCCACUAUAGAAGAUGUGGAUGGUAAAGCUCCUCUUACAUUUGCUGCAAAAAAUCACCAUCUUGAAGUAAUGUCAUUUCUUCUUUUAAAUAAAUUUGAAGUCACAGUUUUAUUGCAAGAUAAAAAGUUUCUAGGACACUUGAUGAUUUGCUGUAAAUUGAAUAACAAUGAGUCAGCACAAGAUUUCAUUUUAAAUUCUCCAGCACCCAUUUACACUGCAAUAAAACUUACUUUGAUGUACAGAGCAGAAUCUUUAAGAGUUAAAGACAAAAGUGAUGAUUAUUUGGAAAUUGCCGAGUUUUGUGAACAUAUGACCUAUGAAAUUCUUCAUGUAGCAACAACUUACGGAACCGAAGAACUGCUUAAUGCUGUAGACGAUGCAAAGAGACCAAUUCUCAAUGUAUUGAUUGAUGAAGAAUUUAAAGAUUGUGUUGCGCACAGCAAUGUGCAGAGCUAUUUAACUGAUCUGUGGAAAGGAAAUGGUGUGCCAAUAGAAGGUGUAUAUUCUCUUUUGUUAGCUUUAAUUUGCUUCCUUUGUCCACCUUUGUGGUUUUUUCUUUGCUUACCGUUUCAUCAUUGGAACAAAGUACCUACAAUAAAAUUUAUAUGCCAUAUUGUAUCACAUAUAUACUUCAUAAUUAUUUUAUCUUUUGUUAUUGUUGUUCCUUGGAAUCGUUCACAUAUAGAGGUUUUUCCUACUUACACUGAGUGGAUAUUGUUACUUUGGGCUUCCGGGCACUUUUUAGCUGAAAUCACAGAACCGGAUUCGCAAACACUUCGAGUUGCUAUAUGUUUACUUAUGGGUUCUGCCAUUGGAACUCAUGUAGUUGCAAUAUUUAUGAGUGGCUCUACUCGUUUGGAGAUUAUGUACUGUAGAGAUAAUAUUCUUGGAGUUGUUUUAGUAACUCUUAUGAGUCAGUUUAUGUUGUUUCUUUCAUUAAAUCAGAUGUUUGGUCCCUGGUCUGUGAUAAUCGAAAGACUGGUAUUCGAUGUUUUCAAGUUUCUCGUUAUUAUGUUUUUGUUUAUUUUUGCUAAAACAUUACAAACGGCUGUUGUAUUUAAGCAAGUUUAUGGUCUCACAGAAGUGGAUGUAACCUCUUCUACAGUUUCUUACUCCAACAGAUAUGCUCAAGAUGGAAUCUGGGGUAUGCUUUAUGAGAACUUUUUUGCACUUUUUGGUUUUACAUCACCCCCAGGAGCAUUAGAUGAAACGGAAAUGAUAACUAAUCCCAGUUUUACAUAUAUAUUUGGAACUAUUAGUUUUGCCAUAUAUGAAGUUUUAGCUGUCAUAAUCCUUAUUAAUAUGUUGAUUGCCAUGAUGAGCAACACGUAUACAAUACUUGACGAAAAAUCGGAUAUUGAAUGGAAGUACGGAAGAGCAGGCAUCAUUCGUUUCAUGACAAAAUCUUUUUCCAUACCUGUUCCUGCAAAUGUGCUAGCAGCUCUUUUAUCUGUACUUUGGGUUUGUAUUCUUCAUAAAGGAUGCUGUUGUUUGGAGUCUUUAAAGGCUCGCUUCAAACCAAAAUCUGAAUUUGACUCAAAAGAAGACCAAGCAAUAGAAAAAGAUCCUGAAGUUGCAACAGAAAUGGUAUCAGUUUGGGACGUGUUUGAUUGGUCGGCUAUCGCAGAUGAGUAUAUGUUAAAUAACGGAAUUGAAGAUCGAUAUGCGAAGAUAGAGAGUGUAGUUGCAGAUAUGUCUAGCGAAGUUGCAAAACUACAAUCUUCAGCUCAAAAGUCGGUUUAAGUUUCAAAUUUGUCUUUACGUUUAAACAUUUUGAAAAAUAUUCCAUAAAAAUGAUUAACAAUGAUGAUAAAAAAAAUUACAUGAAAAAAAACCUAUUGAAAAUACAAAACUUUCAAAAAAAAGUAGAAAAAAGUUUAGUUACUACUUCUUGGAGAAGAACUCGAGACAAAAGACUAUUGUAAUUCUUAUAUCUUAGAUUUUUCAUCCCAUAAACUUUUUUAUAUAUUAUU